GAGAGAGAGAGAGAGAGUUGACGCUGCCUGGAGCCGGACAGCUGCUGCUGCUGCUCCACACUCUGGACCCGGACUCUUCAGAACUCCUGGAUCCUGUGAUGCUCCACAGUGGAUCAGCUGUUUUGGGGUCGCGAUGCCGUACGUGGACCGACAGAACCGCUUCUGUGGCUUCCUGGACGUCGAGGAGGACGAGAGCAGCGGCCGGUUCCUGCGCCGAUACUUCAUCCUGGACAAGCAGCAGGGCAGUCUACUGUGGUACAUGGACAACCCACAGAAUCUGCCCAAAGGAGCAGAGAAGGUUGGAUCCCUCAAACUCUCCUACAUCUCCAAGGUCAACGAUGCCACAAAACUCAGACCAAAGGCGGAGUUCUGCUUCGUCAUAAACGCUGGAAUGAGGAAGUUUUACCUUCAGGCUAAUGACCAACAGGAUUUAGUGGAAUGGAUCAACGUCCUCAACAAUGCCACAAAGAUUACUGUGCCAAAGUCCAGUGAGUCUCACACUGUCCACGAUGUGACUCAGGACACGCCUGGGACGUUGAAACCCGUCUCCUACAAGACAGAGAUCAUAGGAGGAGUCCCCAUCAUCACUGCUACACAGGAGCAGGGGGAGGGGCAGAAUGGGGCGGAGCGAGGAGGUUUGAAACGAUGUCAGAAUCAGCUGCCCUUCUAUCUGUCCAGAGGAACACAGGACCAGACGGUCGUCAAGGUCGGAUACUGUGUCAAACAAGGAGCUGUGAUGAAGACCUGGAAGAGGAGGUACUUCAUCCUGGAUGAAAACGCUGUCAGCUACUACAAAUCUGACCUGGAGAGGGAGGCGCUGAGAGUCAUUCAUCUGAAGGAGAUCCACAAAGUCCACGAGUGUAAACAGAGUGAGCCCAUGAUGAGGGACAACCUGUUUGAGAUGGUCACCAGCUCCAGGACCUUCUACAUUCAGGCUGACAGUCCAGAGGAAAUGCACAGCUGGAUCAAAGCCAUCUCAGGAGCCAUCGUGGCACAGCGAGGACCUGGGCGUUCAGCUAACACUGAACACAGUGACCAGUCUUCUCCGUCCUAUUCCUCCACCUUCUACUGCUCCCUUGACCAGGAACUACACUACCCACAUUCCUCAGCGGGCGUUGGGCCUCAGACUGGACCCGCUGGGUCCGGACAGUUUCCUGGGCCUGCUGCCGUGGCGACUGAGUGGCGUCCAGUCCGUGAUGAUGCCCCUCCCCCCGGCACGCUCCCGCCUGUCGCUGCAGGAGACGCUGCAGUCGUCAAAGUAACGGAGGAGGAGGGAGACAACAGGUCGCCAUGGAAACGCCACAGCCAGGUCGCUGAGCUGGGAUUAGUUGUUGGCAGCGAGGAGGAGGAGCUUCACCAGUUUACCGCUGAAAACUCUGACCUUCAGAUGACGUUGAUAUGAUGAUUGUUUUUUCAGUGAGUGAUCAUGUGACUCUUCUUCUCCUCACCUGUGUUUUAUUUUCACACACACACACACAAAAGUCAGGUGUUUGUUUGUCUGAGUUAAAGUGAGAUUAAGUGAGUUAUACUGAGUUAACGUGUGAGAUUAAGUGAGUUUAACUGAGUUAAAGUGAGAUUAAGUGAGUUAAACUGAGUUAACGUGUGAGUUAAAGUGAGAUUAAGUGAGUUAAACUGAGUUAACGUGAGAUUAAGUGAGUUAACGUGUGAGAUUAAGUGAGUUAACGUGUGAGAUUAAGUGAGUUAACGUGAGAUUAAGUGAGUUAACAUGAGAUUAAGUGAGUUAACUUGUGAGUUAACGUGAGACUAAGUGAGUUAACGUGUGAGUUAAAGUGAGAUUAAGUGAGUUAACGUGUGAGUUAAAGUAAGAUUUAGUGAGUUAAACUGAGUUAACGUGAGUUAAAGUGAGAUUAAGUGAGUUAAUGUGUGAGUUAAAGUGAGAUUAAGUGAGUUAACGUGAGAUUAAGUGAGUUAAACUGAGUUAAAACUCAAACACUGGACCUGACGACUCAGUCGCGUUUUUUCUGAGAUUCAAACUUUUUUAUUUUCAUAUUCAAAAAUGUGUGUGCACACGCACAGAAACCUUCCUCGACUUCUGUUGUCACUUGUUUUGACAUUCACUCCUUCACUCAUUCAUGGGAACAUAAGUGUCUGUAUUGUUCUUUUUUUAAAGAGUUGAUUAAAAACUAAAGAUUUAAA